AUGAGUUUUUCACCAUUCAGCGAGAUCAACAAUAUCACGCUGCUUGGCUUAUUCCGCCUUGCGGUUGAAAAACGAUCCAAAGCAAUCACGGAUCGAAACCAGAACCUCCGAUUCCGCACCAUGAACACCAAGUUUACUCGAGACCUCCAAAUAUUCCUAAGAAAGAACCGGGAGAUGUAUUUGGCUCCAGUGAAUCCAAAUGCUGCCCAAGCGGCAAGAGGACAGGCUGGUCAAGGCGCAGCAACUGGAGAACCAACCGCUAAGCGCACCAGAAUGGAACCAACUACAGUCAACCAGGGAGCCUCUACUUCUACUGCAGUGCCACCAAGACCAUUCAAAGUGCCAAACAUCCUGAAGCGGUCUAUGAAGAAGAGAGCAAACACUAUAGUCAAGCCGGAAAGAGGAACGCUGAGAAAAUGA